GCGCCGGCGGAGCGGGGCCGCGCCGAGCCCAUGGCCGCGCUCAAGUACGCGGGGCUGGAGGACACGGACAGCGAGGAGGAGCUGCCGCCGGGCUGGGAGGAGCGCACCACCAAGGACGGCUGGGUUUACUACGCCAACCACCUAGAAGAAAAAACACAGUGGGAGCACCCUAAGUCUGGGAAGAGGAAACGUGUUGCAGGAGAUCUGCCAUAUGGAUGGGAGCAGGAGACUGAUGAAAAUGGACAAGUCUAUUUUGUAGACCACAUAAACAAAAGGACUACCUACCUUGAUCCAAGACUGGCCUUUACAGUAGAAGAUAAUCCAGUAAAACCUACUACUAGACAAAAAUAUGAUGGGAACAGUACUGCAAUGGAAAUUCUCCAGGGUCGUGACUUGAGUGGGAAGGUGGCUAUAAUCACAGGAGCCAAUUCAGGAAUAGGUUUUGAAACCGCCAAGUCCCUCGCCCUGCACGGGGCGUGUGUUAUCCUGGCCUGCAGGAGUCUGGCGCGAGGCGAGGACGCCGUGCAGCGCAUCCUGGGGGAGUGGGUACAUUUUCUGAAAGCUUUCACUUUUAUCCAGUGCUGAUGUCUCGAUGCCCUUUCACUCCACAUCAGGGUCAUUACCACUCUGGAUUGGUUUUGUUGUAUGGCUCCUGCCUUCGAUUAACAAUUGUGGAAACUGGAGGAUGCUCUCAGCAGCAGUUUGAUCUUCUGAUGGAUCAACACCUUUGCUGAGCUGCCUCCUGAAGUACUUAAAAUACAUCUGACUCCCUCUUUCUGACACUUUAACAAUUUUACAUCCUGUGUUAAUUAUACCAUAAAGCGUAAAAUCUAUUAGCAAUUUUCAAAAAGUGUCAUGCUUGGAAGGCUUUUGAGCACUUGGGACUGAUUCUGGUGUAAUGAAAACAUCCUUUAAAAUAGCUCCUAAGUUCUGAGAUACAGCAGGAAGCAAUUCUGCUUCCUUGCAGUGAAGGUUUGAAAGGAUUGUGCUCUUAAAUACAAAAAACCCGUCAAAUGUGUCCAAUACUUUGAGCCACCUCUCAGGGAAGCUUAAAUACAGAUUUUUACACUGGAGGGGAGUAAGUAUUGUGGUAAGUACUCUGCAAUAGUAAUGCCCUUGUGUUGCUGAUUUAUCAGAAGGUCAUUGGAGCAUCUGAAGUUCUACAAAAGUCACUGUUGUGUAUGCUGGAAUUGCUGAUGUCUCUGGGUGUUCUCUGUCAUUGUUUGCCAUGUUCCCCUUCAAGUAUUCUUCCUGCAGCAGAGAUAAUGAAAACCCCAGGAAACUGCUCGUGCUACAUUGCCAGGGAAAUCAGGCCAGGAACAGGCACAUGGCUCUGCCAAGUUACUCAGUCUCAGAUAAGGAGGUUUAUGGAUGUGUGACAUGGAGUAGGCAACUGGCUUUGCCCAUGAUGAGUUCAGCCUGGUUUCAAAGGCUUAAAGGUCCCCAAAUGUCCUGGGAUUGACAGGUAUAGCUCUCCACUGACUGGACCCAAGUUUGGAAAACACAAACACACUCCUCUGUUGCUGUGAUUUUUGCUUUUUAACCUCCAACUAGUCCGUAUAAUAAAACCCCAUAUAUACAAACAUCUCUCAGGUUCCUUUGGUGACAAUUUCACUGUGAGAAAAUGAACACUUUGCUGUUCCAUUUCUUAUACUCUUUAUAAGCAAAAUUGCAGAAUUGUUUAUUAAAAUCUUUGCUGUGGAAAGCAGAAAUAACAAUGUAUGGACAAUUUCCUGAGAGAACCAAAGAAAACAUUCCAGAACUUAAUUUCUUAAUAUGCUGUUGAAUAGUGAACAAACAUACAUCUGUGGCUGUCUUUAAAUGUAAUUAUAGUCCUUGUCUCUUGCUGGUUAGGAAUCAUUUCUAUCAUGAUAGCAUGGAAAGAGUCCACAGACACGUUAAGGCCAGUCCUUAGAGUGAGGAUCUUAAAAGCUGGAGCUCAUUUUCAUUGUUAUUGUUUUGUUUUUGCAUGAGAGGAGGGCUCUGCAGGUUUUCAAGCCAUCCCAGAAGCCCAGAGAUCAGAAUGUGUUUCCAUUUCUUCUUGUUGCUGGAUGUGAUUGAUCACCCAAAGAGGGAAAAGGAGCAGUAGAUGUACAGUGCUCAUCCUGGGCAGCUCUAGAAAGAGCUGUGCUGUGUGGGAGAUGUAUUCUUCUCAGAGGGCUUCUUGUUUGAUUGGGUUUUGUUUUUGUUUUUUUU